AUGACACUCUUAUACAUAAACUAGACAACUCUGGUAUUCGUGGACCUCUUCUGGGAUGGUUUAAAGAUUAUCUUGCUAAUAGAAAAUUCCGUGUAAAAGUAGGCGAUGAAAUGAGCAAUGAAAUGACCGUCACCGAGGGUACAGCACAGGGCUCUGUGUUAGGACCUUUAUUGUACUUGGCGUAUGUAAAUGAUAUGGAACAUGUGAUCAACCACUGUUCUAUCUAUCAAUAUGCUGAUGACACCUGUCUAAUAGCCUCAGACAAAAAUAUUAAUACUGCAGCUCAACAGUUACAGGAAGAUUUUACGCGUAUCCUAAUGUGGUCGCACGACGCGGGUCUUGUCAUAAAUGUUAAGAAAACAAAAAUAGUACAUGUACACUCGAGUCAUUUGAAAAACUUUAAUAAUUUUAAAAUCACGGCACACAAUCACGUAUGUCUUCACAAAGCUACAUAUUACAACCCAGACUGCUCGUGUGAAUGUGUGGACCAAGUGCCUUAUUAUACUUACUUAGGACUAAUUGUUGACAAUAGAUUUAAUUGGAACCAUCAUAUAAACUAUGUGUGUGAUAAACUUAGAGCCAUACUCUCAAAAUUUUAUAUUAUCAGAAAUAAAAUACCAUACAAAAUUCUUCUUUCUAUCUAUAGAUCAUUGGCAGAAUCAAUAAUACAGUACGGUAUCACAAGUUAUGGACGCACAUUCAAUACUUACAUCGAUAGAAUCACAAAUUUACAACUAAGACUAAUCAAAAAAAUUGUACCUAUUAAUAUUAAAAACAAGUUUAAAGAUAAACCUCUCGAACUAUUUAGCUAUUGUAAUGUACUGCCAAUAAGACAAAUGUUUCAAAAGUUUUUUCUCAUAGAACAAUUUCAUAAAAUAAACUUUCAAAAUCCCAUUUCGCAUCAGUUUGCUACCAGACAAAUAACUAAUAAUAAAUUAAUUAUUCCUAAAGUACACAAUUUUUAUGGGAAGCGUACGGCAAAUUUCCUAUUACCCACUAUACUUAAUUCUAUGCCACAAAAAGUCAAGAAGGAUGUUAAUAUUAAAAACUACAAAAUAAUAUACAAAAGAUAUUUUCACGAAUUAAUUAAAACAAUAAAAUAAACAUAAAAACAACAUUGUAAUUUGUAAUGAACACCCUGUAAUAGCUGAUAAGGAACCGGUUUAUGUACCUAGUUACUUCUGUGAGCGACUGUGAGCGUUGCCACAAACCUCGUAAGGUUUCGCAUCGCAAAAUUGUAUUUGAAAGAAAUGUGAAAUUUUGUUUUAUAUUAAUAAA